UGGUGCCUCCUUGUAGCCAGCACAGCGAGCAACGGAAACACUUCCCUCAGCACCCAGGCUUGGUUAUAAAUAUCAGGAAACAAAUCUGUCGGCAAAAGACCACUAUAGGGAAUCGAAAAGUGGCGGUAGCCUAAUCCAUUGUUUAUAUGUGAUCUAUUUAUUUCUCUUUUAUUUAUUUAUUUUCUCUUUUUUUUCCUACAUUGAUUUUUUUUUCGCGCAGCAAUGGCUGGGUUCCCGGGCUGCGGCUGUUGAGAAACAGGUGGAUCGUCGAGCAUGUUUUUGCGUAUGUUGUGAUGGAUGCUGCCUGGGUGUUGGGAUGGGACAGACAAUACCGAGACCUGUUUUUGCGGUUACACAUCUUAAAAGAGGCUGAUGAGCUGUAGUGGAGAGAUACUAAUAGCGCGACCGUAGCCUUGGCGCAGGGAUACGGGCGGGGAGGAGAGCUCGUCUUUUCUCAGUGUCAUAUAAACGAAAAGGCUAGCUUACAGCAACACAAUUGAGAGGCCCAAGGUUAGGCUACAUUUAAUCUGACUGAUGCUUUUGGCAUCAGACCAUGGAGUGAUAUGGCAACUUGAUCACCCGAUGAGAACCAAAUAAUUCGCCUUGUUUCCGAAAACCUUUGCUUUGGAUGACUAAAAAGCACUCGCAUCCGAGUCGUUUCGUGUGCCGUUUAUAGUCGGUUAUUCAUUUAUUGCCCACGGAUACACGCGCAGGAAUAUUGAAGAUGAUGGAGCUACAGCUGGAAGAGGUCGUCUACCAGGACGACUAUGGUUCUGUGUCCGUUAUGUCGGAGCGCGUGUCGGGCCUGGCCAACAGCAUCUACCGGGAGUUCGAGCGCCUCAUCCGGAGCUACGACGAGGAGGUGGUGAAGGAGUUGAUGCCGUUGGUAGUGAAUGUUCUGGAGAAUCUUGAUGCGGUCCUGACGGAGAACCAAGAGCACGAGGUGGAGCUCGAACUACUCAAGGAAGACAACGAGCAGUUGAUCACGCAGUAUGAGCGCGAGAAGGCUCUGCGCAAGCAGGCCGAGGAGAAGUUUAUAGAGUUUGAAGAUGCAUUAGAGGCAGAGAAGAAGGAUCUCCAGGCACAGGUGGACUUUCUAGAACUUCAGGGGAAACAGCUGGAACUGAAGACCAAGAACUAUGCUGACCAGAUCUCUCGUUUGGAAGAGCGUGAGGCAGACAUGAAGAAGGAGUACAAUGCUCUUCACCAGCGGCAUACAGAGAUGAUUCAGACCUAUGUUGAACACAUUGAACGGUCAAAAUUGCAGCAGACAGGAACCAACCAAUCAGAUACCUCGGUCUGCGGAAGGACUCAGCGCAACACCUGGAGGAAAAGUAAAGUGGACCGCCCGCCUUCACUGAGCCUCUUCCCCAGCGGGGAUGGUAUGGUACGUGGGGGUGCUGGGGGUGCUAGGACGACGUCGUCGUCAUCAGACGCCUGGCACACCAGUGACAUUGGUCGCGCUGUCUACGCCCCUGGCUUUCAGGAGGAUGGUUCCGAGUCUGAUUCGAUUGUGGCCACGCCUAGCAGCACAGGCAGCAAGUCAAACACGCCCACCUCUUCUGUACCUUCGGCAACGGUUACCCCUCUCAAUGAGUCUAUGGUUACCACUAGGGAUUUUGAUACAUCCCAGGGGCGGGGCCACAAGAACGAGAAGAGACUCAGCAGAAAUAUGGAGGUGCAGGUCUCCCAGGAGACCAGAAACGUCAGCAUCGGUAUGGGGAGCAGUGAUGAAUGGUCUGAGUUUCAGGAGAUUUUAGACUCUACACCAGAGUUAGAUAUGUGCAUGGAUCCUCGUAUCUAUGGUGGAGGAAACAGUCCCUCUCAGGGAAUAGUGAACGAAGCAUUUGGUAUCAACACAGACUCACUCUACCACGAGAUCAAAGACGCCAAGUCUGACAUCAUCGGUGAUGUGGAUGCUGGGGCAGAGCUGCUUGGGGAGUUCUCAGUGCGGGACGAUUUUUUUGGGAUGGGGAAAGAGGUGGAAAAUCUACUCACAGAGAACAAACAGCUUCUGGAGACCAAAAAUGCACUGAACAUUGUGAAGAAUGACCUGAUUGCCAAGGUGGAUGAGCUCUCUGGUGAGCAGGAGGUGCUCAGGGAGGAGCUGGAGGUGGUCAAACAGUCCAAGAGCAAAGUGGAUGGCAGGGUUAAAGAGCUGGAAGAGGAGCUCAAGAGGUUAAGAGCAGAGGCACUGGGAGCCUCUCAGGACUCGAAAGAUGAAGGAGGCGAUGAUUAUUCAUCUUCGCUGCAGGAUGACGUUGCCAUGGCACAGCGACGCAGGUUCACGAGGGUGGAGAUGGCUCGUGUGCUGAUGGAGAGGAACCAGUACAAAGAGAGACUGAUGGAGCUGCAGGAGGCUGUCCGCUGGACAGAGAUGAUCCGAGCUUCCAGAGAGAGUCCUCAAAUCCAAGAAAAGAAAAAAUCAACCAUCUGGCAGUUCUUUGCACGUCUCUUCAGCUCAUCGUCGAGUCCUCCUCCAGUGAAGCGACCGUACAGCAGCGUCAACAUCCACUACAAGUCACCCUCUCCUGCAAGUUUCAACCAAAGACGGUCGCACACCAUGUGUCAGAUCUCAACUUCCAACCGCACGCUUGACUUCUUUCCUGAGGAACUGCCCAGUAAUGGUGUUGCGUCUCUCCUCAGCGACUCUGCCCUGUCGGCCCGGCGUGAGCAGCGCCGUGAACAGUAUCGGCAGGUCCGUGAGCACAUGCGCCGUGACGACGGCCUCAUGCAGGCCUGUGGCUGGAGUGUCCCACCACGCUUCAAACAGACGGGCCCCCAGGCAGACAGCGCUCCGGACACCACAGCAAAGAGGCCGCAGGCCAAUGAGAAAGAAGACAACCGCAUGAAGAACGUCCCUGUACCGGUGUACUGCCGCCCUCUAGUGGAGAAAGAUCCUAAUAGGAAGCUGUGGUGUGCUGCAGGAGUGGACUUGACUGGCUGGAGGACGUCCAGUCAUGAGGCAGGAGUGAAGCUGCCAGCCAAUGGCAUGGAUCCUCUGACUGCAGAGGAGGAGGGAGGAGAGAACAAGAGUGAGCACAGCUCUCCAGACAAAAAGAAGGAACUGCACGAGGCAGAUUCCAUGAGUAGUCGUGUGUGGAUCUUGACAAGCACUCAUUCAGCCAGUAAGGUGGUCAUCAUCGAUGCCAACCAACCUGGCUCACUGGUCGACCAGUUUAAUGUGUGCAAUGCCCACGUGCUCUGCAUCUCCAGUGUUCCAGCGGCCAGUGAGAGUGACUACCCUGCAGGUGAGAUCUUUCUGGAGCAACAGGGUGAUGGGGGCUCGGAGGACCCGGGCAGGGUGGAGGGCAUGCUGGCAGGCAUCACGCUGGUCGGCUGUGCCACCAACUGCAGUGUGGUACGCAGUAACUGCUCCUCCCGCACUGACACGCCCGUGAUGGACAAAGGACAAGCUCCCACAGCUCCUGUGUGUAGCCGCCUUGCAGUCUCUCAGUCAGCGGAGGAGGCCACAGAGGCCAUGGAGGUCUCGGAGGAGGCAGGGCCCAAUGAAGCAGGAGAAAACUCUGCCCCAUCUGGACCUUUCACUGAGCAUGUCUUUACAGAUAAUUCACAGAGUGAAGGAGGUGCACUGAAGGAGGAAGUGACAUCAGCACCCACCAACUCUGAAGAGGGAGGAGACGAUCGGGCUGGAACCAGCGUUGCUCCCACAAUGUGGCUCGGUGCUCAGAAUGGCUGGCUCUAUGUGCAUUCUGCAGUGGCAAACUGGAAGAAGUGUCUCCACUCCAUCAAGCUGAAAGACUCUGUGCUCAGUCUAGUUCAUGUUAAGGGAAGGGUGUUGGUGGCAUUGGCAGAUGGAACUCUUGCCAUUUUCCACCGAUCUGAAGACGGUCAGUGGGACUUGUCGAACUAUCACUUGAUGGACCUGGGUCGGCCUCACCAUUCCAUUCGCUGUAUGGCUGUGGUACAUGAUAAGGUCUGGUGUGGCUACAAGAACAAGAUUCAUGUGAUUCAGCCAAAGAGCAUGCAGAUUGAGAAGUCGUUCGACGCUCAUCCGCGCAGGGAAAGCCAGGUAAGGCAGCUGGCCUGGAUUGGAGAUGGUGUGUGGGUGUCCAUCCGUUUGGACUCCACGCUGAGAUUAUACCAUGCGCGCACACACCAGCACCUGCAGGAUGUGGACAUCGAGCCGUAUGUCAGCAAGAUGCUUGGUACAGGAAAGUUGGGCUUUUCAUUUGUUCGGAUAACAGCCCUGCUGAUUGGAGGUAACCGAUUGUGGGUGGGAACAGGAAAUGGAGUGAUCAUCUCCAUCCCCCUGACUGAGACUGUAGUCCUGCAUCGGGGACAGCUCCUUGGACUGAGGGCAAACAAGGUGUCUCCCACGUCGUCAGGAGGUGUGAUUCACGUGUACGCUGAUGAAUCAGAGAAGGGCAACGGAAGCUUCAUCCCGUACUGUUCCAUGGCUCAGGCACAGCUCUGUUUCCAUGGACACCGAGAUGCAGUCAAAUUUUUUGUGUCAGUGCCAGGCAAUGUAUUGGCCACCCUGAAUGGCAGUGUGCUGGACAGCCCAUCAGAGUCUCAGGGGUCCUCAGCUCCAGUGGAGACAGAAGCUCAGAGUGUUCAGAAUGUAUUGGUGCUCAGUGGCGGAGAAGGCUACAUAGAUUUCCGUAUAGGUGAUGGUGAGGAUGACGAAACAGAGGAGGGAGAUGGCGAAGCUCCUCAAAUGAAGCCAGCAUUGGACAAAGCUGAGAGGAGCCACAUCAUUGUAUGGCAGGUGUCAUAUGUCCCUGAGUAAUGAGAUGACACCUUAUGCCUGCAUUCCCAAUCCUGUAACUAUGUCCCCAAAUAAUGUGUAUGAAACCUUAUCUGUUCCUAACUACGCCCAUCCCCCAAAUUCUGUACCCACAGUCUGUAAGUAUCCCUAAGGCCUAUGUCUACCUUCUCUAAACUCAAUUAUUCCCAGUAUGUUCAUUAGCCGAACGUGACUGCCUCUCUCUUCAAUACAAACACACAAGGUACAGCUCAAGAGUUUCCUGCAUCUCACAGCUUAAUGGCAAUUACAAAUGACACUGUUAACACCAUGCUAUAUAAUAAUCUUUCCCAAAACAACCGUUUUGCCAAAUAUGUGAAUACCCAAUUGCUGUUUUUUUCUUUUACUUUCCACCAGCUCACAGCUCACUAAUCACCAUGGUAAAAGGCAGCUCAUUGGUUAGUGAUUAAAGGAUAUGGAGCUGUGAUUGGUUAGGGGCAUUUGGAGAGACACCAAUUGGUGUGUAUGAUUCAUAUUUAUGCAGGUAUUGUGUACAAAAUGUAAAUACUGAGGUUCAGUAAGUAGACCUUAGGAUCAUUUAGGAGAAGGACAGAGAGGGAAACAGUAUGUGGCCAAUAUAGUGAAAUUAUGGCAUACAAAAGCACAUAUGGUUCUUUGAAUUGUUGUUAGAACUUGGGUACACAUUGGAAAGCCAAUUACAAAUGAUUAAAAUAAGGACUCUCAUUGACAUGCCAGGUAAACUCAAUGUAUAGAAAAAAUAAAAGGUUAUAAAAGAAUAACUCAUUCUAUAAAAUUUAAUGUGUAACCAGUAGGUGAGCUGUGAGCUGAUUGGUUUAUUGUCCCAUUUGGGCUGGGCAUUGUGGGUCACAGAGUAGUUGAAGGCUAUGACUGGCUUCCAGUUUUAAUGACAGUAAAUGAAAGUCCCAACUGUUUGCUCUGUAUGUGACUCACCACUAUUUGUUCUCUUAAGUGUGGUUAAAUAUUAAAUAUGAACAUAUUCGUGCUCUGAAAAGA